UAAAAAGGAAAAUUCUUAAAAUGCCCAUUUUAACCUCCCUCGGUCACUCCCGCUCACACCAAAAGAUUCAACCGGGGCUUUCUCAGGCCAAAAGAGAAUCAGUGACAGAGUGCGCUACACACAGUCGCAGGACAAUGGAGGACGAAGAAGAAUCUCUUUCCUCCUCAUCAAACCCUAACCAUCUCCAUUCCGAUUCCAAGACCCUAGACCCUGCCCUACAGAAGAAGCACGCCUCCAUGCUCGAGCGACUCGCCAACCGCCACCAGACUCGCUUGGACAACUCUCUCACCCGCAGAUCCGCCGAUUCCGACUCGUCCUCUUCUCCUUUAGAAUCCACCUCCUCUUUUCUCUCUCACUUUGCCGACUCAAAGCGGUCUAUCGAGGAACAACUAGCCCGAUGUCGACUCACUCCUACCUCCGAUUCGGCCGAAGUCAAGACUCGCCUCGAUUGCAUCUCUUCCUCUAUAUCCGAUCUUGAAAAGCUCGUCGCUGAGAAAUCGUAUUUCUUGCCUUCCUACGAGGUUCGGUCCUCGCUCAAAACCAUUUCAGAUUUGAAGCAAAGCCUUGAGAUUUUGAACGCCGAGUUAAUACCUAGAAAGAAGUUCUCGUUCAGGAACAAAGCUGCGAAGAAAGAGCAAGUCAUCGAACCGAAGAAAGAUACGGUGAAAGAGAAAGAAGUUGAAAUCCGCAAACCGGAGAAAACUGCUUUCGCGAUUCCGGAAUCGCCGGGGUUUAGGCACAAGACCGGUGAGGUUUUGUUGAGUCAAUUUAAGGGCUCAGAGAUCGGAGAAUUUACGAUUUCCGACCUGGAUUCUUGCGAGGUGAGAUUGUUGGGUUGCGUCAGAGCGCUAUUUAUCCAUAGGCUUCGGAAGUGUAGAAUUUACGUAGGGCCUGUUAUGGGUUCGAUUCUGAUCGAUGGAGUUGAAGAGUGCGUGUUCGUGAUGGCUUCGCACCAAAUUCGCAUUCACAAUGCGAAAGCGAGCGAUUUCUAUCUAAGGGUGAGAAGCAGGCCUAUAAUCGAGGACAGUAGCAGUGUGAGGUUUGCUCCGUACUGUUUGAGCUAUGAAGGGAUUGAGAGGGAUCUGAAAGAGGCAAGCCUCGAUGAGGAGACAGGGAAUUGGGCCAAUGUGGAUGAUUUCCGGUGGUUGCGAGCCGUACAAUCUCCGAAUUGGUCUGUUUUGCCGGAGGCUGAGAGGGUUAGAAUUGUUAAGAUAUCCAAUUCAGAUUGCAGAGCUGAGGAAUGUUAAGGUUUUCUUCCAAAUUUGGGAAUGACCGAUUUUGUUGUUAUGAGCGUUCAGUUCAGAGUGUGUUUGUUACAUUUUGAGUUAGAAAAAUUCAGAUUACAGAAUCCUGGUCUUAUCUAUCUUUGAAUUGAAUGGGAUAAAUAAUGGAGAACCAAGGCCUUCAGCAACCUCAUUAUGUUCCCAUUUGGCGAUAAGGUUGAUAACAAGCAUCUCAUGGUGGAAAGCUGGAUGGUGACAGAACAACAGAGAAAUCUGUUAGAUGAUGGAAAAAAAAUCUCGGAGUUCAUCCAAUAAUAUGGAGAUUUCUGUUAGCUCAUCCUUCAAGAUAGAUAUUACUGCUUUCACUUUAAAACCAUGACAUCAAGAUUAAGUAGAGCGUUCUUGGUGGAUUUAGUGGUUUUGAAGCUAUGAAGUUUCUGGAGUUGUUAGAUCAGUGCAAAACUGGAUUUCUAAUCCUUUAAUUGUAAACGUUCUUAUGAUUUGUGAUUAAGAUAAAAUCAAUGCAAAAGUAAAUCGGCAAAUGGCUUUGGGAUUAACGGAGA